UAUUUACUGCAAAAGUAGCCUCCCUUUCCGCCUGGCAACAUGCGCAGCAUGUUCUCUACGAAUUUGCCCUGUAGCAGGCUUCUUUUCCAUCCUGGUCUCUACUCAUCCUGGUUCUUCACGAAUCACCCGGACGAAAAUAACAUCACAAGUCAUCUUAUUCAAUGAGAACUUUUUAGAUAAUUGCUUUGAAUGCAGUGAUGCAAAGAAUGCUCAUUCAUUAUGUCAUCUGAUACUGACUGUGAUUUUGAUGCUGUUUGGCUUCAGCAGUCUUCACAAAUACAGAACUCACUACCAAUUUCUGCAUCUGACCAGUCCAUUGAAAAUGGUGAUGGUGGCAAAUCUGACACCACUUUACAUGAUGGUAACAAUCAGAGUGAUGUAUUAAAGGAAGAUAUGAAAGUGUUAACUGGAGACUCUGGUUUAAAUCCUGGACAGCAUUAUUUAAUUGUCUCCAAAGAUACAGCAGCAGCUCUUGGAGUUGGUAUUCUUGAAGAAGAUACUCCAACAGAACCUGGAUCUAAAAGGAUAAGGCUCUCAGGAGAGGAUGGACAAACCUAUAUUUUUACUAUUAGCGAACCCAGUGCUCCAGUGGAUCAAAAAGCUGCCGAAAUUACUAUGACAAAUUCAGCCUCUGGUCAAUCUAAUAUAGCCUCUGGCCAUCACUCAAGCAAAAAUGAUGCUAUUGUCACCCAAGCAUGGUUUACAACAAGAGAUGAGAAGAAUGCUUUGCAAAACAAAGGCCAUUCUUGGGUCCAAGGCCAGUGGACAAAAGAUGAAAUAGAACUCUUACAAGCAAACAUCAAUAGCUAUUGUAAAGAUAACAAUAUCAGUAACCCUACAGAAAUCAUUUUUGAGAUGUCCAAAGAUGAGCGGAAAGAUUUUUAUCGAACAGUUGCAAAAGGACUUAACCGACCUCUGUUUUCUGUGUAUAGACGAGUAAUACGAAUGUAUGAUCAAAAAAAUUAUGUUGGCAAGUACAGUCAAGAUGAAAUGAUUAAACUCAGAGAGUUGCGCCUCAAGCAUGGCACAGACUGGGCUGCCAUUGGUGCUGUAUUGGGCCGAAGUGCAUCAUCUGUCAAAGAUAAAUGUAGACUAAUGAAAGAUACCUGUAAUUCAGGGAAAUGGCUCCCAGAAGAAGAACAGCGACUUACAGAUGCUGUGUGUGAAUUAUCAGGAGCACAGCCAGGUGAGAAUAUUACACAUGGUUUAUCAUGGGCUGCUGUUUCUGAAAGGGUUGGUACAAGAUCUGAGAAACAGUGCCGUACCAAGUGGUUGAACUAUCUUAACUGGAAACAGCAAGGAGGUGCUGAAUGGACAAGACUUGAUGAUAUCAACUUAAUAUUAAAGAUGUCAUCAUCAUCUGUAACAGAUGAAACACAAAUUGAUUGGAAUGAAUUAGCCAAAGAUUGGCCCAGUGUUCGGUCCCCACAAUGGCUGCGAGGCAAGUGGUGGUCUCUAAAAAGGCAUGUCCCUGACUAUCAAGUACUCCCAUUUUCUGCUCUUGUGAAUUAUUUGAAAGUGACACAUCUGAAUGUUCAACUAAAGAAUCCUCUCAACAACAAUCUUCGAUUAGCCAAAGUUGAUUUACCACAUGUGAACAGCACAAAUCCAGAGAAUCCAUUCUCCAUAUCUGUACCUGUUCAAGCGGCAGCCACCCAAGUGGACAGCAGUGAGGUGACCAGUGAUGGAGCAAUGCAGACUUAUGAAGUUCUACAUCAACUGGCUCUCACCAGUUCUAGUGCCUUUCUCAUUACACAGUCACAAAACAAUUCUGCUAUCUCUGUGACAGGAAACACUAUGACAACUGAUAACAUUAUUGUACAUGCAUUACCAGUUUCUCAGUCAAGCCAUCGAUCAAAAGUAACUGAAAAUGUUACUGUUCAAAUUAACCCUCAACCUACAGAUAUCAUAACCUCUGAAGAUGGCUCUGACACUGUGAUUUCUCUUGGUUCUGCAGACUAAGUCUAAAGUUAAAAUAUCUUGGAGAUAUUCUCAGCUGAGACAGUGACAUUUAAUAUUGGUAUGAGAGGUCAGAUCUGGCCAGUUUGAAUAUAAAGCAGAUCUUCACUGUUAAAAUCAACUUGGUUCUAUUUCUCAAACUUUUUGUGGACUUCAUCAAGAAGAGAAAGCUACUUCAGAUCAGAAUCCAAACAAAAGCAGUUUUCUGAGGUACUGUGUAUUUCCUCUACAACAAAACCUAUUGUUAUCCCUCUUUUAUACUUUUUAACCUCUCAUCAACUGACACAAAGCCACCACCCUCAAUACUGCUCUCUCCAGUUGUGGGGUUUUUGUUUUAUAAGUUACUUGAUGACCCUGCUGGUACUGGUAACACAAAAAGAGAACCAGUACACUCUGUAAAGUGGUUGGUAUCAGGAGUGGUAUCCAGUCUUAAAAACCAUGCUAACCAGCCCAAGGCUACCUUAAACACCUACUUGACAAACAUCUGUGAAGAGAGAGGACACGUGAACAAGAUUAAGUGCAACUUGUGAUGACACAAGGAACAGAAUACUCCCCAUUUCUAUUACCUCAUAUAAACACAUAAACCAAAAUUAAACCUGUUGUCUCUAGUAUUAAAAGACUCUUCUUUCAAAUACCUUGGUUUCUAUCUAAAAUUCUCAAGCCACUACUUCAACCCUUUCCAAGACAUGUUGAAAGCUCCACCAAAGUCAUCAACAAACUAUGAUGUCUCAACUUAUUCGUGCUUAGGAAAAAGUAACUACCAUUUUAGCUUAAAACAUUUCCUAUAUAACACCCCUCUUACAACCCCAGCUGUCAACUUACUAACUGAACAUAUUACUUCCUCUCAUAACCUUAACUGCAUUAGGCACACGGCUCCAGAUAUCCAUAAACUAUUAACUACUAUAAUGGAAAACACCUUCCAUUCUGAGGGUUCCAUUUACAAACAAAUCUCUGGAUUACUGUCAGGUAUACUGACCAUCAUAUACAGGGACCAGUUACAACACAGGAUACUCCUUUGCUUUUUCUACCAAGUAUGUGGAUGACAUCCGCAUAUUAACAUCAUCUCACAAGCAGGUUAUUAAAAUAUACAAUAUAUUCAACAAUGUUGAUGAAUACAUAAAAUCAAAUGUGGAGUUCCCCAAUAACACCAGUUCCUUACAUCUGCUUGAUUUCAAACUCAAAAUCUCAGAGAACAUUCAUCUCCACUAAAUUUUACAGAGAAGCUGAAUACAGGAGCCCAUUUAUUCAUUAUGAUUCAUCCCUGCCCAUCAGAACUAAGUUGGCCUAUAUCAGAAAUGAGAUUUUGCAUGAUAUGCAGUAAAUGCAGCAAGGCAGGAAUCAAAAUGUUGUUGUGUAGCAAUUUAUCACAUAAAUCAUUAUUAACUUCAUACAGAA